GGAGGGGAGCGAGAGAAGGGGGAGGAGGGAGAGAGUCUCUGGAGGGAGACGACGGGGGGAGCUCGAAACCCUAAUCCCGAGGCGGCCCGCGACUCCGAUCGCCUCCGCUCCCCCGACGGUGGAGUCACCAUGAGCGCCACUGCUAAUGACAAAUGUCCACUUUGCAUGGAGAUGAUGGAUUUGACAGAUAAACAGCUGAAGCCUUGUAAAUGUGGAUAUGAGAUAUGUCUGUGGUGUUGGCAUCGUAUAAUGAAUAUGGACCAGAAGGAUGAAUCUGGCGGGAGGUGCCCUGGAUGCCGUUCUGUCUAUAACAAGGAUAGGAUCCUGGGGACAAGCUCCAGGAACCAAAUUUUAAAGGAACUUUGCGCUGAUAAGGCAAACUAUCAAAAAGAACAAACCAAGUCUCAUAAGCAAACAUCUGCAAAAGAUCAGUUGGGGCAGUCAGAACCAAAAGAUCCAAAUAAUGUCCGUGUGAUUCAGCGGAAGCUUGUUUAUAUUGUUGGUAUGCCGAAUGAGUUCGCCAGCGAGAAGUUGCUGAGACAGAAGAAUUUCCUUGGACAGUAUGGGAAAAUAGAAAACAUUAUCAUUGGUAAUAUUGGAGCUAACCAACAGAUUCCUGACUCUGGCCGUGUAUAUGUUACGUAUGCUAGAGAAGAGGAGGCUGUCCGAUGCAUACAGGCGGUUAAUGGCUACAUCUUGGAUGGAAAACCUUUAAAAGCAACUUUUGGUGUCACAAGAUAUUGCCAUAUAUGGCUAAGCAAUAGGGUUUGCUAUAAGACAAACUGUUCAUAUGUGCAUCAUAAAGCCUCAGCAGAAGAUAUUUGUACCAAAGAUGAUGUUUCUGUGGUGUGUGCAAGGCUGCAACAUUUGAUGGGAAUGGAUACCAAGGGUCCCCAACAUCGCUCAGGACGUACUUUACCUCCUCCAGGUGACUGCAGUUCAAAAACUACUACUUGUAGUGGAAUCUCCAAAGAUAUUUGCAUCAAUGCUGAAGGAUUACUACCCAAUGGUGCUAACAAGAAUGCUAGUUUACUACCAGCCACCACUCCACGGGACUCAAGCCUUUCUUCUGGCAGUCCAUCUAUUGCAAAUGCGGUUCUUCAUCGAAGAGAUGACCAUGAGAGCAUACGCAGUAAUCAUCAAAAUUUGUCUGACCCCAAAUCUCAAAAAUAUAUACCACCUGGAGGGCGUAACCGUUCAAGUACGACAUCAGUACAGCAUAUGCAGCAUUCAUGUAGACCUAUUGAGAGCACUUCAUUGGAGAGCCUAUCGAAUAUGAGUUUAGUUCCACAAGGAUCAAAGGUGCACCUUAAUGAGCAGGUGGACUCCAAUAGUGAUAAAUCCGAAGCAUCUUCACAGUUAGGAAAUGACACUUCAAAUUCCAAUCAAACGACCUCAGCAGAAAAUGGAACAUCUGACACUUCGCAGCAAAAACCACAGUAUUCUAAUGUAGUUUCACAAGGACAAGUUGUAUCAAGUCGGCGUUUUACUAUACUUGGCAGGCCUAAAGCAACAGGACAAAUCGGUGAUGGCACUUCAUGUUCUACAAAACUUGCUUUGGUAAAAGAUGAUCACAGCGAUUGCAUUACCAUUUCUAGAAGUCAUUUAAUUUCCCAGAGCCUAGAACAACCUUCACAGCAGGCUUCAGCUACUGUUAAAUCUCAUGCUGGAGCAGAGAAAAAGAAUGGAUUCCCAGAUAUCAUUGAAAAGCUGGUCCCAGGAAAUCAUAAGCAGCUUUUAGAGAGCACGGCAUCACACCGAUCAACUGUAGUGCAGAGCAUGAGUAGCAGACCUGUGCCCAGCAAUCUUUCUACAUCUGAUCCCAAAUCUCAAGCUACAGCUGGGUCCAAUGAUCUUUCAGAUUUGAAGCGCAAGUUGACAUCACAAAAUCAAUUGCAGCUGGUAAAUCAACAAGGUGCACCUGUUUCUAAUACUGUUAUAGCAAGAGCAAGUCUCUGCCAUAGCACUCUUAAUAAUCAGGUAAAUUUGACUGAGGGUAAACGACAAGAUUCAGCACAAGGAGGGCAUGAAAGCUUCUACAACAGGGAAAUGGUUCGAUCAGGUGAUAUAGUUCCAUCUCAUGGUUCAGAUUGCACUAUGUUAUCAAGACCAACCAGUGCAGUAUCAUCCACUGAUGUAGCAGCACCAGAUACGAAAGAAAGAAAGAGACAGGCUUGCCCUCCUGGAUUUGAGAAGCCUCGUCACUCUUCUGAUUCAGGCAAAUUUGUAUAUGUGAGCUCCCCUGCUUGCUCUGGACUAUGCCCCGCAUCUGAUGCCCUGGUAAAGGAUUCUUGUGGUAUUACAGAUCAACAAGACCUCCCUAGCUGGGCUACAGAUUGCCUGAAAGAUGAUGGAGAUGUCUCAAAAAAUCUAAACGUGAGCACCUCUUCACGACUCGGUUCAACUGAUACAAACCAGAGACACGGACAGUUUCAAGGUACCUUCUUCUCUGGUUGGUUGAAUCACCCUCGCUUGUCACCUUAUCCUCCACGUCAUAAGCUUGAGUAUCGGGAUGGAUCCACCGGUAGCUACAUGUCCACUGGGGGAUAUGAUGCAUUUUGCCAGGGGACAAAAUCAGGCAUGGGAGGUGGUAUGGCGAGCACAUUGCUCCAACAGCCAACAAUGUCAAGCCCUCGUGAUAGCUGCACUAAUGGAAACACAGAUUCUGGAAUGAACGGCACAAAGAUCAACAUCUCUUACCCUAUGUACACCCUGUUCUAGCACCAGCGCGAGGGGUCCUCUCUCCAGAACCUAACAACAGUCAUGUACAAGUGAUAUGCAUACCUUCUAACCUAGGUGGCGAGAUGGUGGAUGAUGACGACGGGAACGCUUCGUGUUUGUGCUAAAGCUUGUAAAGAUCAAACAUGGAGCUUCAUGUGUAAAGAUUGUGCUGGAUGAUCCUUCUGUGAACAUUUGGUAAAUACCUGUUGUCCAGUU